UUGGUCAUUUAAAUGCCUCUCCAAUGACUAACAGCAAAAAGUGCUGAGUGCAGACCACAGAACAGUUGCAUGUGUAUAUAAGGAGUCCAUUAGUUUCAGGAGACUUCCUUUAAAGUUUGCAGCUGCGCCGACAAAGGACGCAAUGGACACAGAUCCCAUCAUCUCCCCUGAUGUGCCCAGGAUGAAGAGAGGCUUUGACCAAAAGGUAUUCGUCAACAGAAGUCUGACACUGGAAAACAUCAAAUGCUACGGCUUUGACAUGGACUACACCAUGGCAAUAUAUACGUCUCCUGACUACGAGAGCCUGGGCUUUGAGCUGAUAAGAGACAGAAUGGUGUCUGUUGGAUACCCUCAUGAGCUUCUACGCUACACAUACGACCCCAGCUUCCCCACACGCGGUUUAGUGAUCGACACCACAUACGGGAACCUCCUGAAGGUGGAUUCAAAUGGAAAUAUUUUAGUCUGCAGUCAUGGCUUCCGCUUCAUCAAAGAGGACGACAUUCACAACUACUACCCCAACAAGUUCAUUCAAAGAGAUGACACCGACCGUUUCUACAUUCUUAACACUCUCUUCAAUCUUUCAGAGACUUAUCUUUACACCUGCCUUGUGGACUUCUUCACCAGAUGCACCAGAUACACAAAUCUCCUGAAAGGUUACCAGCACGGCGACUUGUUUAUGUCCUACAGAAGCAUGUUCCAGGAUGUGCGAGACGCAAUGGACUUCAUUCACGAUACGGGAACCCUGAAAGAACGAACUCUCAAGAAUUUGGAGAAAUAUGUUGUCAAAGAUCCAAAUCUGUCUGUACUCUUGAUGCGGAUUAAAGAGGUGGCCAAGGUCUUCCUCGCCACCAACAGUGACUACAGCUACACUGAGGCCAUUAUGAAAUACCUGCUUGAAAGUAAUGCUAAGUCUGGAAGUCCGAAAAAGUCCUGGCGCUCCUUCUUUGACCUCAUCGUCGUGGACACCAGAAAGCCGCUGUUCUUUGCAGAGGGGACUGUGCUGAGACAAGUGGACACGGACACAGGAAAGCUUCGGAUUGGGACUUACACAGGCGACCUCCAACAUGGAACUGUUUAUUCCGGAGGAUCUUCGGAUAUCGUCUGUGAUCUGCUGGAUGUCAAAGGGAAGGACAUCCUCUAUGUUGGCGACCACAUCUUUGGCGACAUCCUCAAAUCUAAGAAACGUCAGGGCUGGAAGACUUUUCUGGUCGUACCGGAGCUCACCAAGGAGCUGCAAGUGUGGGAGGAGAAGAAAAAUCUGUUUGAGGAGCUGAAACGUCUAGAUGUCUUCUUAGCUGAGCUUUACAAGCACCUGGACAGCGGCAGUCCAGAGUGUCCCGACAUCAGCACCAUUCAGACGAGAAUGAAGGUGCUGACCUACAGAAUGGACAUGUCCUAUGGCCAGAUGGGCAGCCUCCUGCGCAGCGGCUCCAGACAGACGCUGUUUGCUAGCCAGCUGAUGCGUUAUGCAGAUCUAUACUCCUCCACCUGCAUCAACCUGCUGCAUUACCCCUUCAAUUACCUCUUCAUGGCUCCCCCAGUCCUGAUGCCCCACGAGGCAGUGUCUCAACACACAGCAGACUUUGCUUCAUCCGAGCUCAACCUCACCAACAAUAUUGUCAAGAUGAGCAUAAACUAAGACAGCUGACCGAGAUGUUUCAGAAGAAGAAGAAGGACACGUGAAGAAUCUUCUAAUGUGCAACAUGGACAGUUUCUCACUGAUGAAGGUGACUGUUUGCAUCUGUGCAUGAUGCCAUGAUGUGCCUCCUUUACAAGAAAACAGAUUAUUGCUCCACCUAGUGGAUAUGAAUUGCUAUGCCAUGCAGCCCAUAAAUAAACCCCUAAAGAAAUGAUGUUGAGAUUGUAGGAUUCAAAGCAAAAACAAACUCAGGGUUACUGUAUAUAUGAGUGCAAAUUUGUCUUAAUAUGUUGUUACAUAGUGGUGUACAUGCACUUUUAAUCUCAGGUUUGUGUAAUUUUUUUUAAGAGGUAACUAUUUAUUUGUUAUUUGUGCAACUUCUGUUGAAUCGUUUCAAUAAAUUAUUCACAUUA